AUGGGCUCGACUCGUUCUAUCGUCAAGGUUGCGGCUGUCCAAGCCGCACCUGUUUCCUUUGACCUGGAAAAGAGCCUGCAGAAGCUGAGUAAGCUGACGGAGAAAGCUGCCCAAGCUGGCGCAGAUCUUGUUGUGUUCCCUGAAGGGUUCCUGUCUGCUUAUCCAUGGAGAUACGCGUUUGAUACGACAAUUGGCGCGCGAGAGCCGCGAGGGCGCCAGUGGUAUGCCAAGUACAGCGAUUCGGCCGUCGAGAUUCCCUCUCCUGCUUUCGACAGAUUGUCUGAGACGGCAAAGGCAAACAACGUCCUCCUCCACAUAGGAAUUAUCGAAAAGGCGGGCGGCACGCUGUAUUGCACCGCGCUGCUUCUCGACGGUGAGGGAAAGCUGGUGUACAAGCGUCGCAAGCUGAUUCCGACGGCCGCAGAACGACUUGUAUGGGGUAGAGGCGCCGGAGAUGGCCUGCUGGUCAAGUCAACGGACGUUGGCAGAGUCGGAAGCCUGAUCUGUUGGGAGAAUUAUAUGCCGGCAGCUCGCAUGGCAAUGUACCAACAAGGCAUCGAGAUUUACGUGGCGCCCCACGCGGAUGAUCUGCCCACCUGGACAGCAUCGAUGCAGCAUAUUGCGAAGGAAGGGCGUUGCUUUGUAGUGUCUGUCAACUCGUUCUGCAAGGUAUCGGACUUUCCACCCGACUAUCCGCCUUUUACGGCUGAGCAUCCCGACCGGCGACCUGACGGAGCACAAUGGGAAGCGGAUGACAUUCUCAACCACGGUGGCACAUGCAUCGUCGGGCCGCUGGGAAUUUUCCUUGCCGAGCCGGUGUGGGACAAGGAAGAGAUCGUCUAUGCCGACCUCCGAAUGGCCGACCUGACGGAGUCCAAGGCGAGUUCCCUGACACGGCUGGACUUUGACCCCAUCGGCAGUUACUCCCGACCCGACAUCUUUUCGUUGACCGUCAACACCAAGCCCGCUGACAACGUCGUAUUCACCAGUUGA